AUGAGAUUCCUAAGGGAACGGAUCAGACUGACACAGAAGACCAAGGGAGAUGCAAAGAAGGAUACAGAAUCUACAGCACAGAGCAUAACAUCGGCUCUCUCGACAAACGACGCCAACAGGAUACUAGAACAGAUUAAGACCAACACCAACGAGUCUUUAACACUACCAAAGACAGACAUAAGCAGAAGUUUGAAAAACUUAAUAGAGAAAAACAGGCAGCUGUGACAAAACUUACUGGGUUGUUAAUUUAUCUUCUAGGCCCCUUAGCGAUGCCGAGAAAACCCUGCUGAAGAAAGGACUGAACUUCGCCGUAACCCCUACGGAUAUUCCUGCCACAGAGAUCAUCGCCAAGGUCGAAGCAGCCGUAAGAAAACUCGACGCUGAACAAGCAGAUACUGUCAGAAGAGCUGUUAACGGUAUCCUUCAACAGGCAGAACCACCAGAGCCUAACAUUACGAAGGAGAUACGAGAUGCACUUAAAAGCCUGAAAGAAGACGAGUCCAUCAAGGUUCUCCCAGCAGACAAAAGGCGCGCUAGCAUAGUCAUGGAUACCGACACCUACCGAGCUAAGAUGUCUACGCUUAUUACCAGCUCCUCAACAGAGACCCGACAGACCGUCUGACCCGCAAGUUGUCGGAAAAGCUGUUUACCUUAAAGCGAAGCGGAAAUCUAUCAGAUGAAUAAAGGGGUAAGUUUCUAGAGAAACUGUUGUGCUGCGUCGGUGGGAGAGUAUGGCAGGUAAUUUAGUGUUAACAACUGAGUUGAAAACGUAAAUUAGCCACCGUAAAGGGUAAAAAAGCUGACGUUUCGAGCGUUAGCCCUUCAAUCGCUCUGACGAAUUACUGGAUAUCUAUCAGAGGUCGUCUACAACAAGAUCAGACCCCGACAUAAACAGCCGCCUAGAAUCUACUGUUUACCGAAGAUCCAUAAGGCCGAUGUACCGCUAAGACCUAUUGUGUCGUGCGUAAACACCUUUGCAUAUGAUUUAUCCGCUUACUUAGCCAACAUCUUGUCUCCUUUAACAGGAAAGUCAGAGUAAACGGUGAUCAACUCAGCCCACUUCAUAUCCACCGUCAGCAAUGCAACGAUCCUAGACAACGAGAUCAUGGUAUCUUUCGACGUAGAAUCACUGUUUACCAACGUUCCUAUUGACGCCGCUGUACAAGCCGCACUGCAGCAACUCGAAAACGACCCAAGGCUUUGCAGACCGCACCACGCUAACACAUGCACAGAUCGCUGACCUUUUGACCUUCGUAUUGAGAUCCACAUACUUCCAGUAUAACGGAUCGAUUUACGAACAAAAAGACGGCGCCGCCAUGGGGAGUCCGGUUUCCGCUGUUAUUGCUAACCUCUACAUGGAGAGUUUCGAAGAACAGGCCAUAACUACAUCAUCCUUCGAGCUAAGGAUCUGGAAACGCUACUUAGACGAUACCUUUACCAUCCUGGAUCGCGAAAACGUGGAUGACUUCUUACAGCAUCUGGACAACCGGUAGCCUUUUAUCCAAUUCACUAUGGAGACAGAGAAAGACAAAAAACUCGCCUUCUUAAGACCAGGCAUUUUUUAGAGAACCUGUCAGCCGUCUCACCACCAGCGUAUGCAGGAAGCCCACGCACACCGACCUAUACUUAGCGUAUGAUUCACACCACCCUCAAUCAGUAAAACGCGGUAUUGUUAAGUGCCUUUACGAGUGCGCCAAACGUCUCGUAACAAAACCCUCAGUCGUCUCCGAGGAGAAAAAACAUUUGCCAUCUGUUCUGGUUUCUAAUGGUUAUCCUUUUUCUUUCUUGCAGAAACUUGCCAAGACCGGAAACCCAAACAACAGUGCCGAACCCGCUAACGAGUUCAAAGCUACUGCGGUUUUACCUUAUGUCAAAGGUCUAUCCGAACGGUCUCGUCGUUGCCUACAACAACAAGGCGUACGCGCUGUUUUCAAGUCGGAGACUACGCUAAGAUCUAAGUUAGCACGACCAAAAGACGCUGGCUAAACAAAAUAGCGUAGUUUACAGGAUUCCCUGUGAAUGCGGCAAGGUGUACAUCGGAGAGACUGGAAGACCUAUGCAAGACAGAACGAAGGAGCACGAUCGAGACAUCCGACUCGCCCGUACCGAGACCUCCGCCGUUUCAGAACAUGCCCACAACACCGGACACAAGCCACUCUGGAACGAAGUAAAGCUUAUUGAUCGUGACUCUUAUUACUACACGCGCAGGGUCAAAGAGGCAAUUUAUAUAAGACUUCACCCUAA